CCCGACACCAAUCCCGACAACCGCAUUUUCCCCCCACCACCACCACCACCACGACAACGACUCCUCCUGUUCAUAGAAGUACAGUUGAGUGUAGAAGGGAUACGAAAGAUGGCACCACAGUACCUAAGCGGCGACAAAGCCGCCAUUGAGGAGUUCAUAGAUCGCUUCGAUGUCUUCUUGUUCGAUUGUGAUGGCGUGCUAUGGUCGGGCGAUCACUUGUUUCCGAACGUACCGGAGACGAUUAAGAUGUUGAAGGCGAGAGGGAAACAAUUGGUUUUCGUGACGAACAACAGCACAAAGUCGCGCGCGGACUACAAAAAGAAGUUUGAUAAGUUGGGUAUACCUGCUGAAGUUGACGAGGUAUUCGGAUCCUCAUACAGCGCCGCCGUCUACAUCAAACGCAUCCUGCAGCUCCCCUCCCCGAAGAACAAAGUCUUCGUGCUCGGCGAAUCGGGCGUCGAGCAAGAACUCGACGCAGAAGGCGUGCCUCACAUCGGCGGCACAGACCCCGCUUUCCGACGCGACAUCGAGCCGGAGGACUUCGUGAAGCUGGGCGACGGUUCCGCGCUGGACCCCGACGUCGGCGUCGUGCUGAGCGGACUCGACUUCCACAUGAACUACCUGAAGAUGGCGACGGCGCUGCAGUACGUGCAGCGGGGUGCCAUCUUCCUCGCCACGAACAUCGACAGCACGCUCCCGAUGGCGGGGUCGCUGUUCCCCGGUGCGGGAUCGUCUGGCGCGGGGCUGGUGAAGGCGGUGGGGAGGGAGCCGUUGUCGCUGGGCAAGCCGAGUCAGGCGAUGAUGGAUGCGGUGGAGGGGAAGUUCAAGUUUGAUAGGAGUAGGACGUGCAUGGUGGGUGAUCGAUUGAACACGGAUAUUCAGUUUGGCAUCGAUGGGAAGUUGGGCGGUACGCUGGCGGUGCUGACGGGCGUGAAUAAGAAGGAGGAGUUUUUGGCCGAGGGCGCGAAGACGGUGCCCAUGGCGUAUGUUGAUGCUUUGGGGGAUCUGCUGGUUUGAAGGGAUGAGGAACGUAUAGAUGAUACAGCCAGGCGGUUAGAUCUAGAGACCACUAGACUCGUUGUACAGACAGGCAUGGCAUGGCAUGAAAUAGAUACAUGAGCGAAUAGACCAUCACCCAGUUACCAGAACCCCAGCACCAACUAUUUCACAACGUCUCUUCAGACAGAGCACAUAACUAAA